AUGGGUGCCCCAAAAAAGUACGGUGGCCGAACAGGCUUUGUUUGUGUUCCAAAAAACGGAGGGCAAAUUGUCUCGGCGUUUUGACGUCAUCGCAUUAAAGACGUGCAUAAUAUACACUAAGCUCGUCGAGACAGACUGUAAACAAAUUCAUUAUUAUGCAGGGAAUACCUAAAUGUGAGGUUAUAUACUGGUUUGAAUCGCCGUUUUGUAUUGAUCGUGAAGUGGACGUUCUUUAUUUAAUCUUCACUAAGACGGCUGAUCCAGAAGCGUUUUGUGCACCCUGCGAGUCGACUCUUUACGGGAGGACAUUAAACUCUCCAAACUUGCUAAGGUGUUGCCCACCUGCUGUCAACUUGCUGUCACCACCAAGUGUGUCUCUUUGGGAAAGAAGUGCAGUCUACAGGGGGGCUGUCUAGUCUGAGCCUUCGCCUGGCUAAUGCAGCUUUAGCUUCAGCCAGCCAGCUUGUUGUCACUGACGGUGCGCUUGCUACAUGGGAUGUCUUGCGUAUUUUAUAUUCCAUUAAUAAAAAACAUUUAAUGGCGUUAGAAUUCAACUAUGGACACCGAGCGAAGCAAUUGCAGGCCGCGGACUGGCACACAUUGUGACUAGCUAGCUGGGUUGCUAAGCGUGCGAAAAAGAGGCUUGUUUGGGUUUCGGAGACGCCGCACUCAAAGGUAGUGCGAUGGACCCUCCAGGUUGGACACCAUAAGAGUGAAAGAUGAUGUCUUCAAGGUCCAGAUGGGUAAGGAGCCCUGCUGCUGAAGAUAUGGACCUCAGCAAUGGCACCUGUGAGGCUGAGACCAUAGUAGCCCUACACUGCCCUGGAGACCACCCGACCACCAGCAAUGACGGAAUGUCAGACUUCUCCAACAGCGACAUCUCCCUGCCUGAGGUCUGCAUCUCGACCGACUUUGAGGAAAACAUGAGCUACGAGGUCCAGCAAGCCUACAGGAUAUUCUCCUGCUUUCUCCUCGACAAGCACAAAAGCAUCGCCAACCCCUUUCUCCAUCAGGAGGCCCAGGAGCGUGGCGUCAGAGGCGUCCGCGGUCUCAAGCAGUCGAUGUCUUUGCGAAGGAUGGAGGAGAAGUUUACGUGCCAGGAGUACAAGACCAUAACGGAGUUUGUUGCUGACUUCAGACUGAUGCUGGAGAACUGUUACCGCUGCCACGGUGUGGACCACUGGAUGUCCAAACAGGCCCAAAAGCUGGAAAUUAUGCUGGAGCAGAAGCUCACACUGCUGUCCAGGACACUUCGGGAGAAGACGACGUUGGCUGUGACCUCCAAAGGACGUUUCGGUGCAGAGGAGGAGCGAAGUCCGGGGGGAACCUCCACAAGGAGGCGGCUGUCGUCUCGUAGCCUGGCGACCAUCACUGUUGGCGGGCACGAGUCUGUCAUGGUGCAGGCCCUGAGGCUGGAGGAGCAGCAGAGAGCCAAGGAGGAAAGGAGGCAACGUGAGCUGGAGAAGAAAGAAGCCGUAGAAAUGUCGGCCAAGGCUGUGGAAGAGUGGGAGCAGACUUUGCUGUCCCAGGCGUCCCCCCACACUGUGGAUACCCUGUGGGAGCUCCCUGCUAUAGGCCACUUUCUGUGCCUGGCUCAGACCGCACUCAACCUCCCAGAGAUUGUCUUUUUUGAGCUGGAGCGCUGUUUGCUGAUGCCACGCUGCAGCACCCUUCUUUCCAAGAUCAUGUCAUCCCUCCUGUCCCCGUGGCAGAAGAGGGCCACCCUGCACCGCCGUCCCGCUCUCCUGUACCGCCGCUGGGAGGCAGAGCUCAGGCUGCGCGUCAAGGGCUGGUAUCGAACAGUCGCCGCUUCUCGUGAUCAGCUGGCUCGCGCCGAGCAGCUGGGGCUCUGUCACCAGUUUUUCCGCCACCUGGGGCCGGUGAACCCCUUGGAGGAGAAGCCCUUUCACCUGCUGCCCUUCUACCAGCGAGUGUGGCUUCUGAAGGGGCUGUGCGAUCACGUGUAUGAGACCCAGAAGGACGUUCAGGAUGCUGUACUGGCACAGCCCAUACAUGAAUGCAGGGAGUCCAUUUUGGGCUACGACACCAAGGACAAUGCUUACAUACAUUUCCCGCAUUUCUGCGGGGCCGACUUAAGGAUCUACUGCCAGAGUCCCAGCAAGCCUCCUGCUUUUCCCUUCCCCUUGUUGCUGGUGAGAAGGGAGACUGAAGAUUCUGGUGCACUGAAGCAUGAGGAGGACAGAGCAUGUUGUAGAAGCCCGUCUGGAGAUUUGGGGCAGACAUUAAGGUGCUUGAAAAGGGAAAACGGGAGUGGUGGGGAACAUGAAGAAAGAUGUUGGUCUCUGAAGGAGGAGGAGGUGUGUGAUUCAGGGUCCUCAGAUGGAGACUCAUCAAUAGCGGUGAAAAGACAAUUUAAGGAAGAGACUUUACAGUGUAAAUCCAGCACAAAUGUAGCAAUAAACAAAGAGAAGGGUUUCUCCUUGGGCUCAGUGCAUGCCGUUAAAGCAGAGGGCCUUGGCUUGAAUGUAGGCGAACAUAGCUACACUGGUAGGUCACCUGCAUGCUCUGCGGACGUCACAUCACCAGCUCAACUUUUGGGGACCAAAGCGGAAAGCAGAAAUUCUCAAACACCACCGCCCUGUUUGGAUUGUCGACAAUCUGUGAAAUCUCUGCAGCACAGCUGUAACUGUGGCGACUCUACCCAUGGAGCGCAAAACCUCAACAAAGACGACAGAACACAGUCGAAAAAAAAGAAAUGGAAGAAAAACAUGCAGCAAAAUUUGAGCCUGCACCCGGCUGAGGCAAACAAAUCUUCUGUUCAGGGAAUUACAGCAACGAGCCAGAGGAAAGAUAAGAAAAGAAAGCAUAAAGAAGGAAAGAAGCUUGUUUCCGCAAAGAAAAUUAAAGAUGAGCCUUCAGCUGAGCCAUCGUUUAAGUUGGUUUGCACCAGUCUGCAAGAGUUGCGAGAGCUGAUCAGCAAAACCGAGGAUGAGCUUGACGAUCUGGAGAGCACGAAAAAGAAAUUGGAUCGUUGGUACUAUCGAAGACAAGCUGUGAAGGACCUCCACAGCACUCUUAUCAGACUACUCAAUGAGCUCUCUCCCUGGGAACCCAAACUUGUGAAGGCCCACCACAGAAACAGGCUUCGUUUGAAGAAGGAGUUUGAUGAUUUCCGGAAGCAUCCGGAGUAUAGUAACUUUGUACGAGAGGAGUGUAUGUCAUCCUCCUCCUCCUCAUCUUCAGAUGAUGAAGAUACGGGUGUCCAAAAGGAAGAGUCUUUGUUGGAUGACUAUCGAGGGUCAAAAGAAGAUCUGGAACACAUUGUUCCCAGAGGCCUUUGGACUGGGGGGAGCACAGGAGAUUUAGUAGCUGAAUCUGUCGGAGACCGAUCUCCAACCUUUGUCAUCGCCAACCACCAAAAACAUCCGGAGAGUGCCGAAAAACUACCAAGAAUUCCAACUGACACUUAUUGUGCCACAGGCUGUGGUCUGAAGUCCACAUAUGAGAAGAUAUCAUUAAAUCAAUAUAGGGAUUCAAACACAGAAUGUGCUCCCCACCUACCUAAAGGCUACACGCCCAUUCCGACUUUGCUUGCAAAGAGCGUGGGAAACAAAGUGACCUUAAUGAAACGGCCUGUUAAUUACUCAGGGCCUAACAACCUAAAUAACAAGCAGUGUUCAAACCCCCUGCCUGGGUUUUUAAUAGAGAAGGCAAAAGCACAAAAUCCUGAAACCACUACACAGCAAACACAAAGAGAAGAGGCUCCUUUUGAGUUAGACUGGGGCGAACCAAGUGUGACUUCAUCACAAACUGAUCUCCAAGGAGUGUCAAGUGCACCUGAGGGAUUGGGUCGUCUUGGAAUGAAAGACGUUGGCAAUCUUCCCAAGCUGGACCACAAAACACAGGAGAAGAUCAUGCAACAUGUAGUGAUUCUGCCUUCCAUUCACAAAUCAGAGGAGCAGCAGGGUACUAAAGAAUCCACCAAUGUGCCUGGCUUCACCAUUCCGGACAGGAGAGUUUCUGUACAGGAAGUGGAUGCCCAGCGAGUGAAGACACUUUCCUUUUCAGUCCCCCAAAACAAAACACUAUUCCAAGGUACGUCAACUGCAAGAACAUCACAGAGUAUGGAUACAAGGCCGUCAGUGUGUCCCAAACCCCCAGACAAAAAGCAGGAACUUAAAACGAUGUGCAUCCGUGAUUCCCAGUCCAUACUCGUAACAACCCGGGGAGGCAACACCGGCAUCGUCAAAGUACAGACAUCCUCCGCCCAGAAUCCACUCGGCUCUUUGUCUACCAGUCCAGUCAUCACCAUUUCCCCGCAGUUUAAAGCCUUCCUUGUGUCCAAGACUUCAGAGGCCUCCACCGCAACACUGACCAGCCCAGCAGUAGCCCAACCUCAGAGGCACAGUCCUUCCAAGUUAAAGUCGUUCUCCACCAUCCCAAAUUCUGAAGUCUCUACACUCAUUCCUGUGACAGACUCAAGAAGUUGGACUUCAAGACCUCCCUCAGAUCCCGGUUCUAUUGUCGGUGGCUCUCAGUCGGUUAAAAGUACCAUUCUCGAUUCUCUCACACAAGCUAAAAUAGUCAACCAGCCUGGGUUGAAGCGGCCUGCCACAGAGGAGCAAUCCCAAGUUACAAAAUUUAUCCUGGUUAAUCCUCCCUCCUCAUCCUCCUCCUCUUCCGCUUCGACUGUAGCUGAAUCAAAAGACACAUCUUCCACAAAUUUUAGUUCAAGGGUGGUCAUUGUCAACCAGCCAGCAGCAACGGCAUCAUCCUCUACUUUAGUGGACAGUGUUUCGAAGCACACCACAACAACAGGGGGAUCAACAUUUAGUGGACAUCCGCUAACUAUGUCAUUGUCAAGUCUGAAUGUCGGAUCAAGUCCUGGUGUCAACUCGGCAGUGAUGCCCAAGGGAAAGAGCGUCACCCUCUCAACAGGGCUUCAGAUCCAGUUGUCAGGGAUGACAACAACCAUCGGACAGUCCAUCGGUGCUCUCUCAUGUCCCACUUCCAAAAUCACACCCGUAGCAGAUACACGACCAGCAUCCGCAAUCCAACCGGCCCCUUUCACAAAUUCAAAUAUAGUCACAAGCUCUCUUAGCCAACUUAUUCCCAGUGCUACUUGGCCCAAAACAUUUCAACCCCAUUCUUUCACAUCUACUAUGACCACGUCUCAGCCUGCAGCAAGUCCGGGAACGGGUCCUACUCAGCUGGCUUGUCCAAAACCCACCUCUAACCUUGAUCAUCCACAAGCUAUUGUGCAAAUGGGUAAAGAACCUACCCUCAUCUUGUCUUCCCUUCAAAAUGGUCUCAAUAAAUCCCCAAUGGCCAACAGUACGCAGUUCACCAGCCCUGCUACUGAUGCUCAGCAGAGGAUAGUCAUCAAGACCUUCAAGCCCCUUUCAGCUGGCACACAGAUCAUUCUUAACAACACAUGCUUUGUAGUUCCACCACAGGGUUUGGGGCCAGGUAGCCACCUACUCAUCAUCCCUAGCUCUUCUUCACAAAAAGUGCCUAAUACCACCGGUAACAGCAUCGGACCACCACAAGGAGCGAGUCAAUGUCCAGGAACCGCUCAAGUACCAAUUUUAGGAGUGAAUUCUCCUUUUGUAGCAUGCACAGUUGGUCCGAACAGUAUCGGAACAGUCCAGAGCCCUUCAGCACGCUUUAGUACCUCAGCAUCACUUGUGGUAAACACAUCCCCUGUAGUCGUACCCCAACCCAAUUUAGCCAAAAGUUCAGCGUAUGUGUCCCAAGCCAUAACCAGCUCUGCUCUUGGUUCUGUUCUUGCUCCGAUCAGGUUGCCCUCUGGUACUGGUACCGGUACCGGUAUCUCAUCUCAAUCCAAAUGUUCCACUGCAGUCACCCAAUCUUUGCCCUUAUUACCGUCACCAUUGUUGUUGUCUUCACCAGGUCCGUAUAGCAGUUCCGUCAUACAAAGCACACUGCAUUUUCAGGAUAUCUCAACCCUGAAGACCCCAAGUAUCCAACCGUCAUCAACAAUGGCUGCUCCGAACACCGCAUCCAGGAUUCAGACCCCGCCGGUCGUGGCGGCACCUGCAUCCGUCAGUUUCGUCACCGCUUCUCAACCGCUGACUUUACUCAACACCAUCCACCAAUCCAUUGCUGUUACCAAUCGGCUCAAGCCGUCUUUGCAGAAAUCCCCUUUAGGUCUGGCUAACAGCGUCCAAGCAUCCAAGCUUCUCAUUAGUCCCGACGGGGCGGUUUUAAGUCAGAUUGUUGCGCACCAACUCCACACAUGCGACGCUACUACUUUACAGCCUUCACAAGCCGACACCAAGUCAACCAAAUGACUCUAAAAUGUCAUUAUUUAUAUUCUUUAAGAGUUGUUAAAACUGCUAUCUAGUUGUUUUACUCCAAAAAGUAGUUUUUACUCUGUCUACUACUGAGAUUGCCCAUUAAUGGAUGUAUGUUUGUUGUUGUUUUUUUUCUUCAUGGCCAGUAAACGGUGGGGAAAUGUAAAAUGAAUGAGUGCUUCAAAAGCCAACUUUACUACUUUAAAUGUUUAAUAGGACACUUGUUUGUAUACCCAUUCUGUGCAUAUGAGUUGGAAAUUGCAUUUUACAGUGGAGGAAAUGUAAAGACUAGACCAACUGGAUUUGUACAACAUGUUUUGCACUCACUUUUUAUUUAUUUUCUACCAUAUAGAGUUUCCUACAUAGGUUCAUUUUCAUGGAACUAAUGUGGCAGUUAAAGCAUGGAAAGAAUAAUAAACAUCUAUCCCCCCAUUUGUUUUUUUUUUGGAGG